GAAUUUUUUAAGUCUAAUUAAUCCAUAAUUGAAUACUAAUUGUCAAAUAAAACGAAAAUGUUACAGCACACCCCCUAAAGACCACAAGCAAAUCAAGCCCUUAAGACUAGCUACCUGAAUUGAGAGGUGAGGAUUGUUCCGCCAUCAUCAAUUUCCAAUGUACUACCUAACAUCUUGAUAUUUCCCUCCUAAAUUUCUUCCCAGUGCACUAAACAGAGUCUUCUUUCUUCCUUGGUAGUGGACUGGUGGAAGCGCGGGAGGAUGAAACGUCCAAGAUCGGAUCCACGCGUGCCACCAAAGUGUGGACUCUUUUUUUUAUUCUUUGCGACGACCAAACUGUGGACUCGUUCAACCCUGAUAAUUGAACAUCCGUCCUUUUAAGACCUACCAGCAGGCAGCGGCAUUUUCAUUAGCACAUUGAGCGCCCUCUCUCCUCGGCUGAGGUCUGAGGACUUGGGAGUUCCCCAAAAUCACAACUAGCUCUAGCUCGAAGCCAUGUUUUGUCGUCACCAAAACUACCUUAUCAUCCUUGCUAUUAUCUUGACUUCCAUAUGUCGUGUAGCGUGCCUGUGCCACCAAGAUCAAAGCGCCGCGCUGCUGCGCCUCAAAAGCGGCUUCCGCUUGAACUUGAAUCCAGCAUUCUCAAAUCUUUCGUCCUGGGAAGCAAGCACUGGCUGCUGUACAUGGGAACGAAUCAGAUGCGAAGAUGAGACGGGCCGAGUCACUGCUCUCGACCUCUCUAAUCUCUACAUGUCGGGUAAUAUCAGUUCUGAUAUCUUUAUUAAUCUUACCUCGCUUCAUUUCCUUAGCCUUGCCAACAACAACUUCCAUGGAAGUCCAUGGCCAAGCCCAGGACUUGACAACCUCAAAGACCUCAAGUACCUUAACCUCUCUUAUUCUGGGCUGUCCGGCUACUUACCUGUUAUGAACGGCCAAUUUGCCAAAUUGGUCACUUUAGACCUGUCUGGCCUUGAUUUACAAAGCUUGACCCUUGAUACUUUGAUUGACAGCCUUGGCAGUCUCCAAAAGCUAUACCUUGAUCGUGUCAACAUUUCGGUAGGUUCAACCAAUUUGGCUCAUGCUUCCUCUGCCAAUAAAACGUCAGGCCUCCAAGAGCUAAGCAUGCAACGGUGCAUAGUUACUGGUCGAGUUGAUACUGUGCUUGAAUUUCUUUCUGAGCUCUCAUCCUUGGUAGUUCUUCGGCUUCAACUUAGUACACUGACUGGAACCUUCCCCUCAAAGAUACUUCGUAUCAAAAGUUUGACAGUUCUAGAUCUAUCAUGGAAUGAGAAUCUAUAUGGAGAGCUGCCAGAGUUCAUACAGGGCAGCGCUUUGCAGUUUUUAAAUCUCGCUUACACCAAAUUUUCUGGAAAAAUUCCAGAAUCUAUCGGGAACCUCGCAAAUCUAACUGUAUUGGACUUGUCUUAUUGUCAAUUCCAUGGGCCCAUCCCGUCCUUCGCUCAAUGGUUAAAGAUUGAGGAGAUCAAUUUGUCAAGUAACAAAUUAACAGGUCAAUUACACCCAGACAACCUUGCUUUACGCAACCUGACCACACUUUAUCUUAUGAAUAAUUCUAUAUCCGGUGAGAUACCUGCAUCUUUGUUUUCUCAGCCUUCUUUGAAGUAUUUAGAUCUCUCACAAAAUAAUUUCACCGGAAAGUUUCGGCUGUAUCCUCAUAUAUCUUCUAGUUUGACACAGAUUAUUAUUAGCAACAAUAUACUGCAAGGACCAAUCCCAAACUCAUUGUCGAAGCUUCUAGGACUAGAAACAUUGGACAUUUCAUCAAACAAUCUCACUGGUACUGUAGAUCUAAGUUUCAUUAAGAAUUAUGAGAAGAUUGGAUAUCUGUCACUAUCCAAUAACAGGUUGUCUAUUGUGGAGAAAGAUGACAGUCACUCAUUCGCAGAAUAUCCAACAAGUAUUUGGUCUUUGGAGUUGGCAUCAUGUAAUCUGUCAUAUGUACCUAAAUUCCUGAUGCACCAGAGAAAUGUUUACUAUUUAGACCUUUCAAACAACAAUAUUGGUGGACACAUACCGGAUUGGAUAUGGGGAAUUGGACCAUCUUAUGGCUUGAGCAUUGAUCUCUCUCAUAACUUAAUUACCAGCAUUGAUACAAAUUUAUCGAAUAGAUCAAUCCGUAAUCUGGAUCUCCAUUCCAACAAGAUUGGGGGAGAUCUCCCACUACCCCCACCAGGAAUUGACCAAUUGGACUACUCCAACAACCAUUUUAAUUCUUCUAUCAUGCCCAAGUUUUGGUCAAGUGUUAAGUCUGCUGAAUUCCUGUCAUUAGCAAACAAUAGCCUUACUGGAGAACUAUCACAUUUGAUCUGUAAUGUAACAUACAUCCAAGUUCUAGACCUUUCUUUUAACAGCUUCAGUGGGUUAAUACCACCUUGUUUGCUGAAACAUAACAAGUAUCUUGAGAUACUGAACUUGAGAGGUAACAAUUUCCAUGGAUCCUUGCCUCAGGAUAUCAACAAGGGAUGUGCACUUCAAAAAUUAGAUAUCAACAGCAACAAAUUGGAGGGGAAAUUGCCAGUGUCUAUGAUCAACUGCCACAUGCUACAAGUUCUGGACCUUGGAGACAACAGGAUAGUCGAUGAGUUUCCAGAGUGGCUGGGAGUACUUCCUUUGUUGAAAGUGCUUGUUCUGAGCUCAAACCGGUUUCAUGGUCCCAUUGAUCACUAUGGGAUGAACAAACAGACAGGUCCCUCUUUCCCAGAGUUGCAGGUUCUGGAUCUUUCUUCAAAUUCUCUUAAUGGCAGAAUACCAACACGAUUCCUUAAGCAGUUCAAAGCUAUGAUGGUUUCUUCAGGAGCUCCCAGCAUGUACGUUGGAAUUAUUGAAACUUCAGCAUCACCUCCAAUUACAAGUCCCAUGCCAUACUAUUACUACGAUAACUCAGUCACAGUCACACUCAAGGGGCAAGAAACAACUCUGGUACAGAUACUUUCAGUCUUCAUGUCCCUCGAUCUCUCCAACAACAACUUCCAGGGUAUCAUCCCCAACGAGAUCGGCGACCUGAAGUUUCUCAAGGGGCUCAACCUCUCCAGGAACUCCUUCACCGGCGGGAUCCCUCCCCAGAUCGCUAACAUGCGGCAGCUGGAGUCACUUGAUCUCUCCAGCAACCAGCUCUCCGGGGAGAUCCCUCCAGCAAUGGCACUGAUGUCAUUCCUCGAGGUGCUCAACCUUUCCUACAAUCAUCUGUCCGGGAUGAUACCACAGUCCAGCCAGUUCUUGACGUUCCCAGAGACGUCAUUUCUGGGAAACGACGGGCUGUGCGGGAAGCCGCUGCCACGCCUGUGUGACACGAACCACACACCAUCUGCUGCUGCUACACCGGGCUCUUCUAACAAGCUGAACUGGGAAUUUUUGUCGAUUGAGGCAGGGGUUGUUUCUGGCUUGGUCAUCGUGUUUGCGACCACGCUGCUGUGGGGCAACGGGAGGAGGUGGCUAUACUGGCAGGUGGACAAAUUUCUGCUAGAUGUUCUGCAGCCAUGGAUCCGCAGCCGUCGCCACUGAAAUGAAUUUUUAGUGUUUGCAUACUUCAAUGAUAUGUGCAAGAAAAUGAGCAGGCAUCACGCCAUGUUCCUGUUCAACAGCAUUAUUAUGUAUAUUUCAAGCUUGGGAAAUAAAUUUACAUGGUGCUUUCGCAUAGUUAGAUGCUAUAUUUUUGCAAGAGAAAAACUUAGUUGAGGAUCUCAUCUGGAAUUUCAUACCUACUACUAUACUGUGUACAGCUUAUUCGAUAUGAUUAAGAUAUGAAACUCUGCUUUGCCAGGAAAAAGAAUGACGACAGAAAAAAAAAGUACUGAAAAGUUAACAAAACUUUUACUUUUCUUAUAUAUAUACUAAAGAACAUGGUUAAUACCAGUUAAAUGUAAGGUUAACCAAAGCUACAUGGACAAGUCUAUGACAAUUGACAAAGUAUGAACUAACAGCGAUAAUACCUCUGCAUGUCUAAAUUGUAUCGGAACAUAUGCAUUCAGUCUCCUGUUUCCAGGUUAGU